UUGCCGUGGCCAGACGCGCGAAGCGAGCGGUGGAGCAGGCCGGUGGCGGCGCGGCCAGCUGCGCCCAUUUCCACCCGCGCCAGCCGCCAGCUGCAGAGUCACGAUGUUCCGCAUGCUGAGCAGCAGCUUUGAGGAUGACCCCUUCUUCGCUGAUUCUUUUCUUGCACACCGAGAAAGUAUGCGCCACAUGAUGAGAAGUUUCUCUGAACCUUUUGGAAGAGACUUGCUCAGUAUCUCUGAUAGUAGAGGAAGAAUCCAUAAUCAUAGAGAACAUGAUGGUGAUGAAGAUUCCUUAAUGCAUGCAGACGUCAACCCUUUCCAGUCAGUGGAUCGGAUGAUGUGUAAUAUGCGAAAUGGCAUACAAGACUUACAAAGAAACUUUGGUCACCUUUCAAUGGAUCCAAAUGGUCAUUCAUUUUGUUCUUCCUCUGUUAUGACCUAUUCCAAAGUAGGAGAUGAACCACCAAAGGUUUUCCAGGCUGCAACUCAGACCCGCAGAGCUCCUGGAGGAAUAAAAGAAACCAGAAGAGCAAUGAGAGAUUCUGACAGUGGACUAGAAAAAAUGUCUGUUGGUCAUCAUAUCCAUGACCGAGCUCAUGUCAUUAAAAAGUCAAAGAACAACAAGACUGGAGAUGAAGAGGUCAAUCAAGAGUUCAUCAAUAUGAACGAAAAUGAUGCUCAUGCUUUUGAUGAUGAGUGGCAAAAUGAAGUGUUGAAAUACAGGCCUAAUGGAUGCUCAUACAAUCUAGAAAACAAUAGAAUGAGAAGCAUGGGCCAAGACAAUCCAGUAUCACAGGAACGCAAAAGGAGAGAGAAAAUUCAUCGAAAUUCGGCCAUUGAAAGUGGAAGAAGACCAAACAUGUUUGCGGACAAACUCAAUGUCAAAGGAUCACCUGCGAAAAUCAACAAAAAAUAAAUAGCUGUGCAUUUCAUUUGUUUAGUUGGUUGUUUUAACAAAGAAAGUCAUGGUGCUAGAUAAUAUACAAAAGACCAAGCUCCUGUUGUUAAAUCAAUACUAUCCUUUUCUUCUGGAUCUGAAUGUUCUUGUGGGUUUAACUUUACAUUGUUCAUACUUUAGGAAUAAAAAUUUGAUGUUCAACAAUGUCAUUAAAUUGGUAAACAUUCUAUAUAAAACUCUUAUAUAAUACAAAC